UGUCACGACGACAUCCUGAUUGUAACCAGCUCAUAGAGUUAACAGCGCGAAGUAUUACCAGGGGAUAUGCUGAAAGUCAAAGCUCAAAUUCCGGAGGACAUGUGAGUCACUUAAGUCGACAAGAACAGAACGGAUGAUUGCCUCGAAUUGUGUGCUGCGUUAACACCAACAGGUGGAGAACAAGGAAUAGGGCUGAAACACGCAGGGAAUAAGGCUGCAGACGGGAACGUCAUGGUUCGCUGCUCAUGCUUGUGGGUUGCCGAUCGCGGUUGCCCUAGCAACAGGCUUCCCUAAACACUAGGAGCUUGAACAUUCUUAACGGCUGCAUUUGAACGCGUUCAGAAUCCACCACCACACCCACAUCUACUGUCAAUACCUCUUACAUCAAUCAAACAAGUCAACAUCUACCACACAUUCACACCUUCAUCCGCACAACAAUGUCUGCCAACGUUCUCAGCAGCCGCGACGUCAACGCGCAAAUCAAGCCUACAGCACUCGCUGAUGCGAAAGAACCUAACAAGAGCCUCGAGUACCACCGCCAGGUUCUUGAGUCGCGCAUGAAGGAUGACCAGGCGCUGAAGUACGUCUCGCCCUCGGACGAAAUCCAGUCGCCGGCCACACAGAAGCUGAGCAACUUCCGCAACAAGAACAUCAUGAAGAAGUCGAAGCCACAGACGCUCUUCCAGAAGACCAGCACCAGGAGCUUCGAGGCGGCCAAGGGCCAGCCCAUGUUCGCCGACAUCCCCAAGAAGAGCGAAUAAACCGCCAACGUAGCAUAAACACAUGCUGUGAAAGCUGUCUCCCCAUUUCGCAUUCCGGGGAGCGCAGUUGGCUUUUGGGUUGGCGCUUUUCUUUGAAUCUAUACCCCAUGCUCCGGAUGCAUGACAGGGUUUGCUUGCGACGUGAGAAAUCUUUUUGGCGUUUGGGAUUGAUGGAAGGCUUGGGAACGCUAGUAUUGGGUCACGACAGACAUGAAUUUGAAAUUGCACGCUAUCUUGCGGAAUAAGGAGCCCUAUGCAGUACAUGGGACGGUGGGAUGCUCUAUCGAUAAGAAGCAUGCUUAGCCGCGCAGACGCGUCACGCAAUUCAUCUCGUGCCGCACCCUACUCACUCUCUUCCAUGACGUCUGUAACUACAGGCCAGCACUCUCUCCAAGAUGAGAUAGCUGACCUUGAGAGGCGUC